AUGGAGAGCCAGCGCUGCUUCGCCAACCGCUUCGAUGACUACCCGGGCAGCCCGGCGGCGGCGCCGGACAGGGAGGCGGCGGUGCCGUUAGUGACGGCCACCAUCGAGCGCAUCUUGCGGGAGCUGCCGCCCCUGGGCGGCCCCCGCGGCUGCCAGGGCGGGCUAUACGGCGGCGUGGCCGGCGUGGCCUACAUGCUCUACCACGUCUCGCAGUGCCCGCUCUUCGCGCCGUCGCGGGAGGCCUACCUGCGGGCGGCCCGCCGCGUCGUGGACGCUUGCCUGCGUUACCAGGAGGGCAACGGCGAGGCCGACGCCGAUACCCGCGCCGCCUUCUUGCUGGGCGGCGCCGGGGUGUACGCUGUGGCGGCACUGGUCUACCGCGCCCUAGGGCUACCCGACUUCGCCCGGCCGCUGGACAAGUUCCGAGAGCUGAGCGAGGUUUGCGCCCCGCUCUCCUUCCUCGAGUGCGGCUCCGACGAGCUCUUCGUCGGCCGCGCCGGAUACCUGUGCGCCGCCCUGGUGCUGAAGCAGCGGCUGGGCAUGGAGGUGCUGACCCCAGCACAAAUAAAAUCAAUUUGCCUGGCCAUACUAGAAUCAGGAAAGCAGUAUGCAGUGAAGAAGAGGAAACCAAUCCCACUCAUGUAUUCUUACUAUGGAACAGAGUAUCUUGGUGCAGCACAUGGGCUUUCGUCAAUCCUUCAGAUGCUGCUUUCUUACUACGACUACCUGCAGCCAGCAGAUCAGGAGCUUGUGUGGCAGAGUGUUGAUUUUCUUAUGGACCAAGAACAGAACAGCAACUGGCCUCCUGAGCUGGGAGAGACAAUUGAGCGGGAGAAUGAGCUUGUACACUGGUGUCAUGGAGCUCCAGGCAUUGCAUAUCUGUUUGCCAAAGCCUACCUGGUUUCCAAGAAGCCUCAAUAUCUGGACACUUGUAUCCGCUGUGGAGAGCUUACUUGGCAGAAAGGCCUGCUGAAGAAGGGACCUGGAAUCUGCCAUGGAGUGGCUGGUAGUGCUUAUGUGUUCCUGCUGCUGUAUAGGCUCACUGGAAACUCAAAAUACAUAUACAGGGCACAGAGGUUUGCAGAGUUCUUAUUUACAGAAGAAUUUAAAGCUGGUUCCCGGGCAUUAGAAAGUGUGUAUAGUCUGUAUGAAGGCUUCUCAGGAACUGUGUGUUUCCUGACUGACUUGCUGCAACCCAACCAAGCUGAGUUUCCUCUCUUCAGUGUCUUUGUCUAG